GGCAAAAGCAUGUGCGUAAUUAGCGCAGUCUAACGCACGAGCCGUGCUGUCUGUGUCCCGAGUUUAUCCCGCAAACACAUCAUAUCCUCUGCGCAGUCGCCAUGCUGUUCCUCCGGACUACCGCCCGCCGCUGCAGAGGCCUGGCCGCCCCGCGCUGCCUGCCCGUCGGCCACAAUGCCUCCAGAUCCACCGCUACAUACGUCCAGGGCCAGAGCCCGGAGCCGCGGAUCCGGGAGUACUUCUACUAUAUUGACCACCAAGGACAGCUGUUCCUUGAUGACACUAAAGUGAAGAACUUUGUCACCUGCUUCAAAGACCAACCGUUCCUGAUCUUCUUCUUCAGUCGGCUGCGGUCAAAUCGGAGUGGUCGUUAUGAGGAGGACUUCCCCUUCCUGUCCCCGUGUGGCAGGGAGAGGAACUUUGUGCGCUGCGAUGACCGCCCCGUGGUCUUCACCCACCUGCUGCAGAGCCCCGCGGGGUCGCCGGGGGUCACGGCAGAUCGGGAGCUGCUGUCGUACUGCGGUGGGGCAGAGAAGCUGUCCGCCCCGUUCCGCCCGGAGGCGCUGUACAUGCACCCCGCCAGCGGGCGACUCUACCACCCGUGCUCGGAGCGCGCGGGCGGAGGCGGGGUCGGCCUGGUCAGGUCGGCUCUGGCCAUCGAGCUCAGCCCGUUCUUCGUCUACGCUGCGGAGCACGACCAAUCGGGACAGCCGACGCACUUCCACUGGGGUGGGCGGAAGCACACACUGACCAAUGAGCUCGCGGGAUGCUUCCCCACCGCAGAGGAGACCAGCGGGCAGCAGGAUGGACCGGGAUAACGGAACGAUGUCCACGAAACGCCAAUCGGUAUCCCACACUGGCGGCGGUGGGAAAAGACAACCACGUUCUCACAGUUGUUGCUCUUGAUGGGAUUGUUAUUUGGGGCUUUUUUGGGGGGCUUGAGACUACUCAAACCAAGCAGCAUCUUCCCUCAUAACAGGUUGCAGUUAAACCUAUUUUCCCCUUUUAGAUUUCCUAAAUUAAUCUGCAACUUGUUUACAGUAACUUGUAUGUCACAAGUAAAGCAGAGUAUCGAAGCAACUCUGCUAAAGAGAAGAGGGCAGUUACUUUGCACAUUGAGAUGGUCGUACAUCAAACAACGGCCAGAAUAACACAAAGCCUGCAAAUAUAGAACGUAUAUUAUACAUCAUAUUUUUAAGAAACGGCUACAUUUUCAGAAUCAAAGAUUUCUGCAGCAGAGUGCUCAACAGAUUUGGGCUGAAUUCAAUUUAAAAAUAUUAGAUUUUGGUGUGCUUGCGUGUAUUUAAUGUUCUUGAGAUAUGAUAGAAAAGAAGAAAAAAACACUGUGAAUCCAAUAUAUUUAUUUAUAUACGAGCGUUGAAAAUAUUCUACUGAAUUUAGGCCAUACAGUCAGAUCCUUUAAUAAAGUGCAAUACUCUGAA